UAUACAAAUGAAUAUAUCAGUUAUCCCUCCAUCCAUCCAUUUUUAGAUGUAUUUUUUUCUAUGAUAACAAAUGAAAAAUAUGCCAUUGCAAUAAAAUGUACAUUACAUUGUUCAUUUACAUGUAUUCUUAUUAAAAUAGCUAAAACAAUAUCAGAUCAGUGGGUUGGCCCUCACACAUUUCCAUUUUACUGAAUCUGGCCUUCUUUUGAAAAAGUUUGGACACUCCUGAUCCACAGAAUCAUUUUUAGGAUCGUGGGGUUGCUGGAGCCUAUCCCAGCUACUGUUGGGUGAAGGUGGGAUACACUCUGAAAAGGUCACCGGUCUGUUGCACCUGAAGAAUAUUGACAUUCACCGAUUAACCUCUGAAGCAGGUUUGUGGACUGUGGGGGGAGCCAGAGAAAACCCACACAUGCACGAGGAGAAGGUGCACACAGAAAGAACCCCGAGCUGACCACCAUGCCACCACCUGACCCAGUCUAAACCUUUAAAGGAUGUUUUUUCUUUCUUUCUGGAGCAUAAUGAGAUUUUUUUUCAUUUCUUCCUCCUGUACUGUAAUGGGGCCACGCCCCCAAAACGCCCAUCAUUAAAAAAACCAAACCACGCCCACAUCUGUCACUCAGGGGAGUUUAUUUGCCCACCCCUCGUGAUGGAGGCUCUGCAAACGGGGCAGCAGAGAGGAGCAGUGCGUGUGCACCCGCUCACCCCAUGCUGACAGACCUGCAGCCCUGACCACUCUGCGCGCAUCAUGGACCUGUGGGCGCGCGUGCAAGCUCCCUGUGAUUACACCUUUGACUUCUGGAACGACUACCUGGGUCUGUCCUCUCUGGUGUCCAGGAACAGACUCCGCAUGCCGGCCUGCGGCCCCAACUCCAUCACGGAGUCCAUCAAGGCGAGCCUGGGCCUGCAGGACGGGCCCCCCGACUGCUGCUGCGCGGCCCCCGCCAUCUCCCACCUCCCGGAGGACCUGCACGCGGGGAGCAGAGACUCUGUCCUGUACGGGGGGAGCGCGGGGGGGCGGCAGGACCUCCUGUCCGCGGAGGGCCGGCGCGAGCAUGCGCAGAGGGACAAACCGGAGCCGCGCGUGUGCGUGUUCUGCAGGAACAACGGCGCGCCGGAGGAGGUCUACGGGACGCACAUUCUGAAGACGGGGGAGGGCCGCGUGCUGUGCCCCAUCCUGCGCGCGUACACGUGCCCCCUGUGCAGCGCCAACGGGGACAACGCGCACACCAUCAAGUACUGCCCGCUGUCCAGGGACCAGAGACCGAGGGGGGGCCGAGUCAAGCGGCUGAAGAUCUUCUGAGUGAAGAACACCAAAGUCCAGAACACCCCCCCACUCCUUUAGGCCCCAUAAACAGCCCCUCCCUGAGUGAAGCUCACCCUCUUACCAAAGGACUUUAGUGCAUGAAGGUAACAGUUCACUUGUUGGUCUAAUUUCUUCAGAUGAAUGUAAACAAACAGGGGGUGGGGGGAUCUGCUGUUCUUGUAAAUAUUUAGAUGGUUUACUGCUGAGCGUUUCCAUGACAACAUAAAGGUUCUUAUUAUUGUUUAUUUUUUACUGCAAACGUAUUUUCACUGUAAAGGAUUUGUGAAAUAAAAGCUUCCUGUGAUCAUCUGCAGUGAGGAGGACUCUCAUCCUUAUUAUGGGAAAAACGCUGCUACGGGCGCCCUCGUGUGGUCAAGAUCUGUCAUCGCAGUUUCUCAUUGUGACUUCAGAAAAAUCUUUUCUGUCUUGAAAUCAGAGUUUCAUGAUCUCUGAAAACUCAAGAGUAGAAGAACCCAUUCUGGCAGGGGGAAAACUCAUAACUCCUGGUGAAGCCCCCCCCCCCCCAAUAAACACCCAUUAUGUUUCCAAAAACACCCCCCACCCCUCUGCAACAUCUCUUUAAUUCUGUUUCAUUUACUGUGUGCCUUCACACCAAAUUUACCAACAAACACAAUAACUGAAAUUCGAUUCAUUUUUGUCUGUUUAUCAGCAGAGUUUGCAUAUUUCUACAUCAGUUUAAUUGAGCCUAACUUCACAUUUUUGCACUUGGAGAUUUUUUUGUGCAUGAAAAUCAUUUAUCACAGUGUCACUUAAUGGACAGAGUUUCCUGUUUCUGCUUCUAUGAAGGCUCCGAUGUGUUACGGCGUCGCAGACUUGCAGUCCUCCCAUCAUACUGCAGCUGUGUUGUGAACUUUAUUAUUGAUCAUUUUUAUUGUGAAAAUCUCCAACUUCCCAAAGCUCAAUUACAGAAAAUCAAAGCUGUACAGAGUUAAAGUUUGAGUUAAAGUGAUCCAGCCAGCAGAUACACAAGGAGGAUGUAGGAUCAGAGCACAAGACUUCAGAGUGGUCUGGAUCCAGACCCUACGCUGGACCUUACUUCAGGUUUUACUUAACCCUUGUGCUCUCUUAUGGGGUCCAGAUGACCCCACCCCUGUAUUGAUGUGUGAUCCCUCCCAUGACAAAGGUGGACAGAUUGUAUGUCUGUCACAAACACCAGUGAAGAUAAAAAAAAAAUGCUUGAAAAAAAAAGUUCAGGGCGUUGUCUUGUGGGGUCCAGAUGAGCCCACUUUUAAAGUAAUAGUUCAGUCUAUUUAUAAAGUGCCAGUUUUACAAAAAAGCAACAAACAAAAAACAUCAAAGACAGCUUUAUUAAUUGUGAAGUUAUUAUCAAGAAUAAAGUCAGAUCAACCUUAACUAUAUCAUAAACAUCUUAUACGAGUGAUUGCAAAGAUUUUCAUUGUAAUCCUCGUGGUAAGUAAGUAAAAAGUGACAGUGGAGAAAAAAAUGAGGAACUUCCAACAGAACCAGAUUCGUGGGAGGUUAGGCCUGUUGGACCAGGUUAAGAGAAUAUGACAGCAGUUUGCAGAAAAAGCUGAUCUGGAUGUUAAGCUCAAUGG